UAUAUCUGCUUUCUUGCUUGCCUUUGCCCAACCAACCAAACAUCAAUCAGAUUCCACCACUCUUAACACCUUCCUUUCCCAAUCCCUUCAUUUUUUACCAAAUCUCAACUCCUUCACAACUCUACCCACCUUGCUUUCUUAAUUUCUCCUUCUUCUUGAAGGUUCCCAAUUUGUGUUCUUCAUCUGGGCUGGUAUAAUUGGUCAGAAAACCUGCUCGUUUUCUACAAUACAAAAGUAUGACAUCCUUAGGUGUACCUCCUGCAUCUGGUGUAAGAGAUCCAAGUAGAAAAGCUGGUGGUUUGGAUAAGCUGCCAGAUGAGAUGAAUGAGAUGAAGCUCAGGGAUGACAAGGAUAUGGAACCAGCUGUUAUAGAUGGUAAUGGAACGGAAACUGGUCAUAUAAUAGUGACAACAAUUGGAGGCAGAAACGGCCAGCCAAAACAGACAAUCAGCUAUAUGGCUGAGCGCAUUGUGGGGCAGGGAUCUUUUGGAGUAGUGUUUCAGGCCAAAUGUCUGGAAACAGGUGAAACAGUUGCCAUAAAAAAGGUUCUUCAAGAUAAGAGGUACAAGAACCGUGAGCUGCAAACAAUGCGUCUUCUAGACCACCCUAAUGUUGUGUCUUUGAAGCAUUGUUUCUUUUCAACGACUGAGAAGGAUGAACUUUUCCUCAACUUGGUUUUGGAGUAUGUUCCCGAGACUGUUCAUAGGGUAAUUAGACAUUACAACAAGAUGAGCCAGAGGAUGCCAAUGAUAUAUGUGAAACUUUAUGCUUAUCAGAUUUUCAGGGCACUGGCUUAUAUCCAUGGUAGCAUUGGAGUAUGCCACAGGGAUAUCAAACCUCAAAAUUUAUUGGUCAAUCCACAUACUCACCAGGUGAAACUAUGUGAUUUUGGAAGUGCGAAAGUACUGGUUAAAGGAGAGCCAAAUAUUUCAUAUAUAUGCUCGAGGUAUUAUCGUGCUCCGGAACUGAUAUUUGGUGCGACAGAGUAUACUACUGCUAUUGACAUCUGGUCUGCAGGAUGUGUUUUGGCUGAAUUAUUGCUUGGGCAGCCCCUUUUUCCUGGUGAGAGUGGUGUUGAUCAGCUUGUUGAAAUCAUUAAGGUCCUGGGAACUCCAACAAGGGAGGAGAUCAAAUGUAUGAACCCCAAUUACACCGAGUUCAAAUUCCCCCAGAUAAAAGCUCACCCUUGGCACAAGAUAUUUCACAAACGCAUGCCACCAGAAGCAGUGGAUCUUGUUUCAAGGCUACUCCAAUAUUCUCCAAAUCUGCGGUGCACUGCGCUGGAGGCAUUGAUCCAUCCAUUCUUUGAUGAGUUGCGUGAUCCUAAUGUUCGACUGCCAAAUGGACGCUUCGUUCCACCUUUGUUCAACUUUAAGCCAAAUGAGAUCAAGGGCGUGCCAGCGGAGUUGCUGGGGAAGCUUAUCCCAGAGCAUGCUAGAAAGCAAUGUGCAUUUCUUGGAGAUAUACUACGUGCAUAGAUUUGCUAUGGAGGACAUGAAAUAUGUUUGCAGCCCCUUGUUCAAAAUGAUCUCCUUACUUCUCUUGGCAUGCAGGUUUCUUGUAUUUAUUAAAUUUGGUUGUAGUAGCAGAGCAAGAACGUUUUACUAAAGUUAUCUUGUCUGACCAUUUUUUAUUUUUUAUUUUUUAUUUUAAUGAUGAAAAACUGUAAUUGUUGCUGAAAUGGAGCUUAGUUGUAUUGUUUGUUUCCUUUGAGGCUAACCUUCCUCUAGUGGUGUUGUAAAUGUAAAGAGAAAUCAGUUUUCUGAUAGUUCAAGAAUGUUGUUCACCAGUGCAAAUCGAAAUCAUGAUUGGUUCCAUGACCUCUAAUGUAUUAUUUGCAACUUUCUGGCAAGCAUUGCCACAAAAGUAUCUGGCUGGGCGUUCCUGAUUUCUGCGCUGCUGGUUGAUGGUUCAUUAAGAGGCGUUUCUGUGAGAUUGUGAUCCUGAAACUGAAAGAAUGGUCUCUUUUCCAAUAUGGUAUGUGAUCUUGCACGAAUUCAGCGACCUAGAAGAACGACCUCCCCAUAGGUGACUAACUCCUCCAAGAUCAAGUGUUGGGUUUUUUAGAAUAAGACAAGAACGGUGAGCUCGUCUGGCACGUCUCCGACAACGGUCCUCCGACGCUCAAGUUAGGUAGAUCGAGGUUAAAUGUUGCGAUCAAAGGUUUAGAUUGAAAAGAACUUGGAAUUAGUUACCUCAGAUUAUGACGUUUUGUUGUAUUUAUAGGAUUUAGGUGCAUACAGUUGAAUGGGCCACGUGGCCUUAUCCAGCUAGCUUACGUCCAAGAUCGGACGGUACUCUCUUGAAGCGGGUAUCUGGAUUCGGGUUAGGGUUGCUCCGACCCAUAUGAUCGAGAAGGUUGAUCCAUGGGGCGAAAGGAUUGAAAUGCUCUUCAUUAAGGG